AUGAUUAUCCGAUCCAUGUUACUCCCCCUCGUCGCCGCCUUACCGGUGUUGGUGCCUCGAGACGCCGACGACGACGACAACGGCCCCGUGACUGCCUACAUCCAGCCCGUGGUGGCGGUGGCAGAAGCGACAACCACGGUCCAGCCGGCGGUGGUGUAUGUCGACGCCAACGGCAACACCGUCGGGGGAGUACUGGGUGCAGUGAGCAUCGACGACUCCCAAUUUGGUACUCUGUUUUACACGACCAGUGCCCCUCCUUUGAUCACUGGUGACGAGAACGACUUGGAUGUUGGUGGUGGAAACCAAGACAACAACAACAAUAACGGUCCAGCAGCGGCCCCGACCGCCCAGGUCACCAACGACUCUGGGAACGGGGACUCGCCGAAUACGCAGCAGAAUAAUAACAAUAACGUCCAGGUGGUGGAGACGGUCAAUUUCGGUCCCUCGGAUAUCGUGACUGUAGCGGCGACGACCAUCUAUGGUCCCCAGGCUCAAGACAACGCAGGUCAACAACAACAGACUCUGACGACUGAGCCCCAGCCGCAGCCCACUACUACUGAGCAACAGCAGGACCAACCGACGACGACCGAACAACCGACGACCGAACAACCGACGACAGAACAGCCGACGACUGAACAGCAGCCGUCUACUGAACCGUCUACCCAGCCGGCACCUCAACCCUCCACCACUCAAGCUGACAACCAGGGCGACAACAACCAGGGUAACAAUAACAAUAACCAGGGUAACAACAACAACAACCUGGGUAACGACCUGAACCUGAACCAAGGGAACAACGACAACAACAAUAACCUGGAUAACAACAAUAACUACAAUAACAACCAGGGUAACGACAACAACCAAGGAAACGACAACAACCAAGGCAAUGACAACAACCAAGGAAACGACAACAACAACAACAAUGGUGGUUCGCUGGAUGGCUUGUUGACUCCCCCCGUGUACAUUGUCUACUCCCCUUACAACAACGACCAGUCGUGCAAGGACGCCGCCACCGUGCGUAGCGAUCUCGCCAUCGUCAAGCAAAAGGGGAUCAACAAGGUGCGGAUCUACGGGUCUGACUGCGGGGCGUUCACCAACAUUUUGCCCGCGUGCAAGGACCUUGGUCUCAAAGUGAACCAAGGGUUCUGGUUCCAGCCUGGCCAGGGCCCCGACUCCAUUGACGGCGGUGUGUCUGAAUUCAUUUCCUGGGGUCAAUCCAACGGCUGGGAUAUCAUUGAUUUCGUCACCGUGGGUAACGAGGCCGUCAACGACGGUAACCUUCUGCCGGACCAACUUAAUGGCAAGCUCAGUCUGGUUAGAGGCCAGCUCCAGGCAGCGGGUUACUCCGGUUCUGUGAUCACCUCGGAACCGCCGAUUUCAUUCAUCAGACACCCGGAACUCUGUGAACAGUCGGACUUCAUCGGCACCAAUAUCCACUCCUACUUCAACACCGGGGUGGCUCCUGAUGGCGCCGGGGAAUACUUGAAGCAACAGAACGAAGCUGUGGCUCAAGCCUGUCCCAACAAGAAGAUCUAUGUCACCGAAACCGGCUACCCGCACAAGGGUGCCACCAACGGCCUUAAUGUUCCCUCCAAGGAAAACCAGAAGAUUGUGUUUGAACUGAUCUGGAACACCAUAGGCAACGACGUGACGGUGUUGGCGAUGUGGGACGACUACUGGAAGAACCCAGGUCCCUACGGCAUCGAACAAUACUUCGGGGCGUUGGACUUGUUCAGUUAG